AUGAGUCUGUCCGCUUCCUGCAUUGCCGCCCACCCUCCCGAAGGGGCCUCCGAUUUUAGCCUGGUCCUAUUGGACGUUUCGGGAAUUGCUAUUGGAAUGACAAGGUAUUACGAUUCUUUUCUCCCCGGUAAGCUGAUUGAUAUCUAUAGCGUCAUGCAACGUGAACGGUGA